AUGGGUAAAAGGUUGGCUGAUCCAGAGUUCAUGAAUUGUCCAGUUUCGUUGGCCGACUGGGUAGCUGUAUCCAUUUGCUCGAUUAAUCAGCCGAACCAUAACUACAAUAAUGAACAUUCAAAACUGUCAGCCGACCUUGCAAAGCUAUCAUCCAUCAGCCGAUAUACCACCUACUUCUCUCUGGGCUUACUUCCUGCUGAUCCGGCUGUGCUAAAUUUACGUCGCUGGCCGACCCUUCGCUACCUCAAUAGUGGGGAUGACAUUGGCCAAUUCAUCAACACAGGGUCAUUAUCCCUCAUCGGCCCAUUAGCAGGCUCCAUCAACUAUGGCCUGUUUCUUUGCAGAGGUGCCUCUGGGGCUCAGGGUGAUGAUACAAAGAGUUUGAAAGGUGCCAUACUUGAAUGGAUUAAACCAAAAGGCAAAUCAUUGAAUCUGCCCCUGGCUCAAAAUAUGUGCCACGUCGUCCAGACGGUGACGACGCAAGCCGUCGUCACUGUCCAUGCCAGGUGCCACGUCGCUAUCCUGCGACGUGGCAACGAUUCAACCGAUGACUCACCAACACGCGACACGACAAAACGGCACAACAACAACAGGACGACACCAACGGGGACGACCAAAAACGAGAACGCGCCCGUGAACAACAACGCCUAG